GAGAGGCGCGGCGGGCGCCGCGGGAACCAUGACAGAAGAUGACCGAGGCGGCGCUGGUGGAGGGCCAGGUCAAGCUGCGGGACGGCAAGAAGUGGAAGACUAGGUGGCUGGUGCUGCGCAAGCCGUCGCCGGUGGCAGACUGCCUCCUGAUGCUGGCCUACAAGGACAAGUCUGAGCGAGCCAAGGGCCUGCGGGAGCGCAGCAGCCUGAUGCUGGAGGACAUCUGCGGCCUGGAGCCCGGCCUGCCCUACGAGGGCCUGGCCCACACGCUGGCCAUCGUCUGCCUGUCCCAGGCCGUCAUGCUGGGCUUCGACAGCCGCGAGGCCAUGUGCGCCUGGGACGCCCGGAUCCGCUACGCGCUCGGUGAGGUGCACAGGUUCCACGUGACGGUGGCUCCAGGCACCAAGCUGGAGAGCGGCCCCGCCACCCUUCACCUCUGCAACGACGUCCUCGUCCUGGCCAGGGACAUCCCUCCGGCUGUCACGGGGCAGUGGAAGCUGUCUGACCUCCGGCGCUACGGGGCUGUGCCCAGCGGAUUCAUCUUCGAAGGCGGGACCAGGUGUGGGUACUGGGCCGGAGUCUUCUUCCUGUCCUCAGCCGAGGGAGAGCAGAUCAGCUUCCUGUUCGACUGCAUCGUCCGCGGCAUCUCCCCGACCAAGGGCCCCUUUGGGCUGCGGCCGCUUCUCCCAGACCCGAGCCCUGGGGGGACCCCCACCGCGGAGGAGCGAGUGGCCCAGGAGGCCCUGGAGGCCCUGAAGCUGGAGAAGCGGCUCAGCCUCCUCUCCCAUGUGGUCCGGCCGGGGAGCGGAGGGGACGACCGCAGCCUGUCCAGCUCGUCCUCGGAGGCCAGCCACUCGGACGUCAGUGCCGGCAGCCGGCUCACGGCGUGGCCCGAGCAGUCCUCGUCCUCGGCCGGCACGUCGCAGGAGGGCCCGGGGCCGGCAGCCGCCCAGGCCCCCGGGGAGGCCGCGCCGGGCGCCUCGAGGCCGCCACCCAAGCCCCUGCGGCCGCGGCAGCUGCAGGAGGUCGGCCGCCAGAGCUCGUCGGACAGCGGCAUCGCCACGGGCAGCCACUCCUCCUACUCGGGCAGCUUCUCGUCCUGCGCGGGCAGCAGCCUGGACGUGUGGCGCGCGGGAGACGAGUUCGGGUCCUCGCUCAGCCUGCCGCCCGCGGCCGGGGUGCCCGACCCCAGCCUGUGCGCCUGCCCGCCGGGGACGGCCGAGUACCAAGUGCCCGCUGCCCUGCGGCCACAUUAUGACACGCCACGCAGCCUGUGCCGGGACGCCAGGGACCAGACCGCCACCGCACAAGGCAGCCCCGACGACGGAGGGGCCGGGGACUUGGGUGGCCAGGCGUCCGCGGGGUGUCCCUCCGGCUGGCUGGGCGUGAGGCGGCGGGGACAGGCGGCGGAGGCCCCGGGCAGCGAGGCCCCCGGCGGGGCCUGGGAAGCAGGCAGUCCCCACGCGGGGCUUCCUCCGGCUUUCUUUUCCACUUGUCCCGUCUGUGGAGGACUCAAGGUAAACCCCCCUCCCUGAGAGCCGUGGCCCAGGCCCGCUGCUGCGGGGGGCUGGUUCGUCUCUCCCGACAGGAGGGGAGGGGGCACCCUUUGUGCUGCUGGCGGAGCCAGCCGCUGUGUGGCGCGGUGGGGAGGGCACAGCGGCGACAGCCCCAGAGCCGCCUCCUCUCUGGGCGUGAGGCCUGCAGGGGGGGCCCACGGGACUGACCGGGAUGCGGCCGGAAGUACGUUCUGGAAAAGCGGGGCAGGCCGGGGGCUGGCAGAGUCCCAGAGCCCGAGGAUCAGGUGCUGGGGGCACAGGAGGGUACUGUGUCCUAGGUGGCUCAAGCCGUGCCCUCGGGGUGAGCAAGGCUGGGGGCGCCCCCUCGCCGGCCUGUGCCACUGCCUGCCUGCUGGACGGCCCCCGUCCC